AUGCACCGAUUACCAAAAAUUGCGAUUGAUACUGUUCGAACGAAGGGUCAGGUCCAAGAGGCCCGUUCCAAAGACAAGAUUAUAUAUGUAUGCGCGGAUGAUACUGCAUCCGAUGAUUCGAUGAAACGUCUAGAAGAACUAGGGCUUGAUCAAAAGGCUACUUGGAAGACUGGCACUUCCACUUUGAUGCCAGGACCUCGGGAAUCAUCGCAAUUUGGCACCUAA